CCACCAUUUCACAAUCUAAUCUAAUCUUUCUCGUGACUCGGACUGCACUCCGCACUUGACCUGCUGUGCUUCUUGAACUUCUCCCACACCCACUUCUCUUGAUGCAGAGCAUAAACCGUUUUCUGUACGGACCGACCCCAGAAGAGAAAGUGCGACAAUGGCAAGUCAAGCUGCGCUCAGAAUCCCGUCAGCUUGAUCGCCAAAUGAGAGAGCUCGACAAAGCCACGAAGGACGCGCGUGCGAUCGUGAAGCAGCAUGCUGCCCGGGGAGACGUCAAGUCUGCACGGAUACUGGCGCGUGAGGUUGUGCGGAGUGAGAAGCAGAAGGAUCGGUUGUCCGUCAGCAAGGCCCGGCUCAACUCUAUCGGGACGCAGCUUACGCAGCAAAUGGCGAUGGUGAAAGUCACUGGCACACUGCAAAAGUCGACGGAGAUCAUGAAGCUGUCCAAUCAACUCAUCAAGCUGCCGCAAAUCAGCCAGACGAUGAGGGAGAUGAGCAUGGAGAUGACGAAGGCAGGAAUCAUGGAGGACAUGCUGGAAGACGUCAUUGAUAUGGACGAGGACGAGGAACUGGAGGAGGAGGCCGACGCAGAGGUCGACAAGGUGCUGGCUGAGCUCACGGACGGUAAACUUGGAAUGGCUGGUUCAGUCGGCCAACUCCCGUCGCUUCAAAACAAGUUGGAAGACGAAGAGUCGGAAAGGACGAUGGAGAAAUACCGCGAGCAACUAAACGGUCUCCUCAGCGGAUAAACUACUCUCAUGCUGCGAUAGGAUACUAUUAGGCAGCCUUCAUACCCCACAUGUUGCCGGCCGUGUACGAUAGAUUUAUGAUUGACGCGCUAAUUUGCACGUGCUUUCCGG